AUGGACUCGCUCAGACGGUUUCAGGAUGACGGGUAUAAAAACUGGAUUAAAACGACCAUGGGUCUGAAUUGUCUUAAAACGCGACUUGGAGGUUUCCUGGAAAACGAAACCGAAACUUACCACUGUGAACUCCGAAAAAAAGUAAACAUUAAAUUAAAUGGCGCUAUGGGGAACCCAAUGUGUAACCAGGUGAAUAAAAAUGAUAUCUGCCGGAGUUACAAUGUAAUAUGAUUUAAAUAAUAGUAAUAACCAUUGGCUCACUGUAGCGUGGAUGUCACUGCAUGCUUGUUACUUGUUGUCACUUACAAAAGACAUAUAACAGAAACUUGACACUUCCAAACCGAACAAAAAUAGACACUUCCUGUUGCAAUUUCCUUUUAUUUCUUAAAAGGUCACUUUUAGAAUGAUUAUAACCCUAAAUAAAUAACAAAACUCUUAAUCUAGAUUCCUAAAGUGUGUAAAGAAGAAGUGUGUGAGCAAUGGAAAGUUGCGAUCUUGGCUAACCAUAAAGGCGGACCGGUGUACUGGAAUAACUCCAACCCGUACCUGUGGCCUACAAAGAAAUGGGAGGUGGCCAAGGUAAAGCAAUGAGUAACGGUCUGGCUGUACAUAUCAUGUGUUUUACAUAUUGUAAUGAUCCUGCAGUUAGUAGUUGGUACAUUAUUGUAGUUUGUGUGUGUGUGUUUUGUGUGUUUGAAUAGGUCCACAUGAACGGUGGAAACGGGAAGCACACCACAGUGGAGGAGUUUGACAUCUCUGCAUUCCUCAACCUCAUGUCCCAUUGCCUCCACUUUCGCAAAUUUGCCAAACCCAAUCUUUUCACACCGGUAAACAUUCUCACACGCAUGCAUGCACACAUACAUACACACAUUCACACAUGUGCAUGCUUACCUGUGUGGGCUUGCAUGUGUGUGUGUGCAGGUGACCAACGUGAGGAACAAGGUGAUGCACUCGGCUGACUUCCGGGUGGAGAGGAAGAAUUUAGAAUUGUACCUGGGCCGAAUCAAAGAGCUUGGCCGGGCUCUGGAAACACACUCCCCCGAAUUGAGGGAGCUGGCAGAGGAGAUCGAACAGGUGUGUAUGUUUGUGUGUGUGUUUGUGCUAGUAAAUCCACACUCAACUUUUCACAUUAGCAAUCUGACCAGUAAGAUAUCUUGUCAACUAUUCAUUAUCUUUUCACUAUAUUUUCCCCAGCUCCAGAAUACAGACUUCAGUUUUAUUGUGAACCAGUUUGGUAAAAAUAGGGCGGAGGGCAAAGCGGCGGGCAAUGCGGCGGAUGAGGGCAAGAUAUUCGAGGACAUGCAGAAGCUCCAGAAGUUUCUGAGUCUGGAACAACAGAUACUAAAGGAAAAGAUGGAGUGUCUGACCCAACGCUAUGAAGAGGACAGAGAGACAGCCCUUACUGUAAGACACACACGCACACACUGUAAGUCCCCUCACACACACACACACACACACACAGACACACACACACACACAACCUCACUGUAAGACACCUCAAAUGUGUGUGUUUGUGUGUACCUCAAGGUGGACGAGCUGCAGUGUGUGAGGGUGUUUCUGGAGGGGAACAAGGACCUGCAGGAGAGCCUGGGACCACAGUGGGAGAAACUGAGAGAGGUGCAGGAAAAAGUGGACUUGCUCAACAACAGAGUGGACACACUGGAGAGGAAUACACACACACACGGUGAGAGAGGGAGAGGAACAUAGAGAGAGAGAUGGAUCCAACACCACUCAGGGCAUUGGUUUUCCAGACAGAGAGAGUCUGACUGACUGACUGUCUGACUGUCUGACUGAAGAGAGAGUUACUGAGGGAUCCAGCCCUACUCAGGGCAUUGGUUUUCCAGACAGAGAGACAGAGAGAGUCUGACUGAUUGUCUGUCUGACUGACUGACUGAAUAGAGAGUUACUGAGGAUCAAGCCCUACUCAGGGCAUUGGUUUUCCAGACAGAGACAGAGAGAGUCUGACUGACUGACUGACUGACUGAAGAGAGAGAUACUGAGGGAUCCAGCCCUACUCAUGCAGCUGUGUGUUGUGUGUUUUCCAGAUCCUGAGUUCGCUACUGAAGUCCUCAGAUAUAAGAACCAUCUGUAUGAGGAGGCCAACAUGCAGGGCUGGCGUCCGCCCGUCUUCUCAGAGAUAAAGGAAGGCCUCGGUAAGUCAGAACCUUAACCCUAGCCCUGGGCCUGGAGUUUUUCCCCCAAAAAGACUGUAGCCCAUAACUGUCAUCCAGAUUUUUCCUGGCUAGCCUAGGUUAUAUAGUCAGGAGAAACUCCUGGCUCUUAUCCAAAUCUGUGGUGUAAUUAACAGAUGUCUAAUGGCUGUUUUAUUAUAUAAUGUGUAAUAUCUUUAUAAUAUCAUCAAACGGCUCUAUCAAAACUCGUUAAUUGGAAAUAAAUGCUCUAUUGUUAUUAUUAUUAUUAUUAUGUGAAAACGUUGGAGAUGCAUGCAGCUGUGUCUCUCCGAAGACUGACCCUCUGACUUUUCUCAAAUUGGGCAUGUCCAGGUUUCAGGGGUUGUGUGAAGGUUAGAGGUCUGACGUUUGAAGGUACUAAGGUGUGCGGAAAUUUGAAGGCCUCUCACCAGGAAGUGGCUAAAUUGGCCCUGCAGCACCUGAGCCAGCUAGCCAGUGACAGCGCUAGUCUGAGUGAGCUAGCCAAUGACACAGAGGAGGGAGAGGUAGCCAGUAGCCAGACGGACCAACCACAAAGCCUCUCAUGCACAGGUACUGUAUUCCUCAGUAAAUCCAAUUUAUAGUACAGUAUCUGUUAUAAGAUCAUGUCAUCAUAUUAGCAUGUUUCUCAAACAACCAAUAGUCCUAAGUCAGUGAGCUGCUAUUUGUGUCUGAUUGGUUCCUCUCUACCAUGUGACUCUGUCUUCAGGCCCCAUGUUCUUUGGUUGUGUCACCGUGGUCCUUAAAACUGACGUCACCUCUGGAGAGAGGCAUUCUGGGAAGACAGAGGCUGUUGAGUUUGCCUACAAGAAACUAGCUCUCCUGUUGGAUCUACCAGAAUCAGGUUAAAGAGCCCACCACCAUACAGUAAUGUACAUCUACCUUUACUGUUUUUCCCCCCCAUGUCCAUCAAAAUGCUUGUUGUCAUGGAAACUCUUUUCUUCUUUUGUACCUCAGCUUCACCCUAUAAGGAUGUGGUCCUGGAGCACUGUCAUACGCAGGAUGUCCCGCCCCCAGAGGAGGCCCUCCAAUCUGAUGCCGAGCGGAGGAGCUACCACUGCACCCUCCGAUUCACUGGACCAAUCACCUUCUAUGCCCCAGGUAACGCCACAUUCAGUAGAGGGCCAAAUGGAUAAUUUACAAUGUUAUGUUUUAUGAUGUAUUGAAUGUAAAUAUACUGUGUGUAUGUCAUGUAUAUGUCAUGUAUAUAGAUAUGUAUUGUAUAAUGUUUAAAAUAUGACUGUUUCUGGUUGACUCCAGAGGGUUCCAGAAAAAAGAAACCGGUGCAGCAGCAGGCAGCUAAAGUGGCCCUCCAGCGGCUGUCCUGGGUCCUCGGCAGUAAGGAAGUGGUGGGAGGGAACUAUGUAAGCGCCCUUAAAGAGCUGCUGGAGGCCCAGACCCCACCUCUGGAGAUGCCUGAUUAUGACGUCACAGACAGAGGAGAGGGGGCGGGGGAGGUCACUGAGAGAGGAGGGGGAGUGGAGGAGAGUGAAGGGAUGACAAGUGAGAUUGAGAAAGGGGGGAUAGGGAAGAAGGAGAAAGGAGUGUGGCCAGACGAAGGUGAGGGCUGCCCUCACAUCCCACCAGCUCCCGUGAUACCUAGCUUGCAGCCCCCCGAAAGUCAGGUGGUCCCAGUGUCAGCCAUGGACACCUCAGUUACUAUGGACCCCAUGGAUACCAUGGUGACCAUGGACACCGUGGUUGCCAUUGAUACCACAGUCACUAUGAAUACCAUGGAGACCCAGGGAGGAGGAGCCUUAGAGUCAGACCCCCGCCAAGCCACGCCCACCCUCCCAGAGGAGCGCAGCGUCUUUUCAGGUACACAUUCAAACUCGCAUAGCUUUAUUGUUCAUUUCAUGUAAACGGACAGCUUUGUACCUAGAGAAAAAUAUGUUCAAGAAUAAGACAACAGUGAACACUGUUGAAAGAACACAAAGAAAGAAGUGUAUGAAAAAGUGUAAGGUCCCUUCAUCUGUCCUACCUUUUUCAGACAGCCGGCGGUUCUUUGCGUGUGUGACGGUAUAUGUGCAGAAGGACCUCAUCCCACAGGAGGCGUCUACGCAAGAGGGAGCGCUACAGGCAGCCUACUGCAGCCUGCUCCAGGGCCUGUCUCUGGAGCUUCCACCUACAGCAGGUACACUACACACCUUACAUGGGGGACAACUUCAGGUAGACUGACCUUAGAUCAGUACGGGGACAACUUCAUCUUACUUCGUUGGUUAGUGGAUGUUGCUGUGACUCAACUCGUUGCUACCCUUUCAGGCAGUGAAAGGCAGAGCGUGUUGGAGUUCUUCAGACUGGCAGAGUCUGACCCACCAGUGGAGGACUGUGUAACAACAGCAGAGGGAAAGCACAGGUGCACUCUGGGAAUCGUAGGCGAGCUCACGUUCCACAGCCCAGGUGACUUUGUUUAUAUAAAACACUUUAUAUUUCAUUACAAUGGCACAAUUGAUGAGAUGUAGACAUUGGUUAUGAAGGGUAGUUGCAGUUUUUCCAGGACAUUAAAUUAUGUCUCACACUCACAUGUAACCAGUGGUGUAGUGGAUGGUAAACGCUGUUUACCCAUCUUUUGCGCCAAAAUGCAUUGAAACUAAAGGGAGCGUUACUUUACUCUCCUCGUUACUUUACUCACCCCCCCUCUCUCUCUCGCUCUCUCAGAGGCGGCCCCUAAAAAGCAGCAGGCAGAGCAUUGGGCAGCUAAGGAGGCCCUGAGGCGCCUGAGUGGAAUCCUGAGUGGGGUUGUGGGCAGCAGCGGAGCGGGUCUGAACUACAAGGGGAACCUCCAGGAGCUGCUGGUCAAGCAUGGAGGAGGAGCUAAACCAGAGUACAAGAACAGUACUGGAGCAGGUUAGUCUGGACCUCUUUCUCUCUCUGUUUUUCUCUCUCUGUUUCUCUCUCUCUUUCCUCUCUCUCACUCUCUCCAUUUCUCUCUCUGUUUCUUUACUGUCUCUGUCCCUCUGUCAUGAUCUCUGUCCCUUUCUCCCCACAGUUGCAGGUCAGGUGACAGGGGAAACUUCUGACUAUACUCUACAGGCUGACAAGUUAUCAGUUAGUGUUGCUGUUGCCAUGGAGACAACACCUGAAGAUUCGGGCCCGCCUCCCCCCAAGAGAUCGGCAGAGAUGAAGUCUGGGGGAGAGACGGAAGGUGACUCUCCUUUCAAUGUGCUUCUAUUCUGAGCUACCCUCAUUCUGAAUUAUCCUAAAACUUGAUGUCAAUAGUAAACUGUAGGUAUGUGUGUUUCAGAAAUCCGCCGGUGUCUAGUGCGGUGGGAUCUGCAGCCCCCGUGUGUGGUGUGUGAGGAUGUGUCUGUGGAGCAGUGGUGUGAGUGGAGGGUGGAGGUCCGACUAGACCGCUAUACCUUCCACAACCAGACCCUGUUCAGCUCUAAGAAAGAGGCAAUCCGUCGGUCCUACCACAGUCUGGGCACCACAGGGGAGAUCUGUCAGCCUGGUACUGGUGAGCAAUCAAUUAAAUUACAUUUGACAUAUGUAUAAAGCUUCUCAUAAAUACAGAUGAGCUGAGCCACUAAUCAUUAUUUCACAUUCUAAAAACUACUCCUUAGUGACUGUGGUUACACUACACUUGGACUUUCAGUCAAAACAGACAAAAUAAUAUCGAUCUCAGCGUCCUCUUUCUCCUCCCUCUAUCCUCGCUCCCCCUUUCCUCCCCUCCUCAUGUCUCCUUUCUCUCCAUCCCUCCCUCUCUCUCCCCCUCUUUCUCCCCAUCUACUCUCUUCCCCAUCCCGCUCUCUGUAGAUGAGAGUCAGUCCAUGGGGAAGGUGAAGCAGUUUUUCCUGCAGCGGUCAUUCCCAUUGCCUGUAGAGGAUGUAAAGGAACAGGAGAAGGGCAGGUUCUGCUGCACUCUCAAACACAUCACCUGUGUCUUCACCUACAGUGGCCAGGGUAACACCACGAAAAGUUGGAAUGGAUUUAUUUAUCAUGUAUGAGAGGGGCACAUGAUAACGUUAGUAAAUGAAAUGAGUGUAUUGAAUGAAUGAAUGAAUGAACUGAAUGUAUCACAUUGCUAAAGGCAGAUUUCAUUGACAGGUUCCAGUGAGGCUGCAGCCCGUCAGUCAGCCUGCCAGAGGGCGCUGUCUCAACUGGCUCCUUUUAUUGGCAACUGUGGUCCUGUGGCCCCAACCGGCAGCACUGAGAAGGCGGUUCAAAGGCUCCAGAUUCUGUUGGAAGGGGCAGGCCUUACAUCUGCUAACUCCGCCCUUACAGGAACUCAGUACAGAAGCUCCAUCCAGCUGAGGUUCUCUGGGUAACGACUGAUUUAUAGAGCUCUCAUUUCUAAAUGUCAGGGAAUUUAAAGUUAAAGGGAUAGUCUACUCUUAAGUGGUUUAAAACAUUUUUUCAACCACUUAACUUGUGUUGUAUUUUGAAUUAACUAUUCCUUUAAGGUGCUGAUGACAUACAAAAAGCCUUGAAUUCACUGUUAGUUGGCAGAGAUGUUCCUUAAAGCUGAUGUGAUUGACAGUUAUAGUAUGGAGACUCGAGGUCAGGGGAAUAAGAAAACCAUUAGAGCCCAACUCAUCCAACGCUUACUGGGUCUACUGGGGGAGGAUGAGAUGGGUCAGUACCACACACACACACACACACACACUGUUAUUAGGGCCAGAGAUAGCUCAGUCGCACAGGGUUCACCUUGUUUAAUACUGACACACACACAUAAUGUCCACUUCACUACGCACAAACACACACUCACGAUACAGUAUUGUGAAUCCCUCCACAGACUCCAGCAGAGGUACCUCAGUGAGGAACGUUCUAGAUGAGUGGUUUGUGAAGAGAGGUCUGGAGAAACCUGGGUUUGAGGAAAACACGUCUGGGACCAAAGUCACCUUCUCCACCCCUCUACUCUGCUCCUACACAGGCAGGCCUCUGAAACUCCCAUACACACACAAAUGCAAACGCACACACACACACACACAGUCAGGUUAUUUUCUGAUUGGCUGUUCUCUCUGUCUCUCCGAAGAUUGGCAGGCCAGCAAGGAGAAAUCUCAGAAGAGAUUGGUCGAAGAAUUGCAGAGGCGGGUCAAAUACCUGUAUGAUGGAAGCACCAACUGAGAGCCCAAAGAUUGUUUACUUACACUUGGCUCCUGCAUGUAACGACAACAUGUCCUCCAUUUCCCAGCCUGGAUAUAUCUCCUCCCAAGUUUUCCUCUCUUCUCCUCUCUGGGUUUCAUCUGGCCUGUGGUGUUAGUGGUAGAUGUGUCUGUCUGUAUUAGUAUGGUUGUUUUUACCGCAGGGUUUGGUCCUGAUAUUAAAUUAUCUUACUUUUAGCAGCUCAUUGCUGUUUAAUUUUACUCUAUGAAGUUUUUGCACAGUCUAACAUAAUGAAUGCACUUACAUUUUAGCCAUUUAGUCAUUGUACUGGUCCCCCGUGGGACCUCAAACUCACCCCAGGUAUCCUCUUUUUCAAACAUGUAAUAAUGACCAAAGUACUUAAGCUCUAAAUAAAAAGGCUUCUCUCUGAUCAUGAAAAUACCCUCCACUACCUUGUAUGAUGUUCAAUACUUGUCUAUCUUAUCUGUCUCUCGAAGUGUCUUACUGGUGUAACCAUGGGGAUCACUGGUGUAACCAUGUGGAUCACUGGUGUAACCAUGGGGUAAUGGGGAUCACUGGUGUAACCAUGGGGUAAUGGGGAUCACUCGUGUACCAUGGGGUAAUGGGGAUACCUGGUGUAACCAUGGGAUAAUGGGGAUCACUGGUGUAACCAUGGGGGUAAUGGGGAUCACUGGUGUAACCAUGGGGUAAUGUGGAUCACUGGUGUAACCAUGGGGGUAAUGGGGAUCACUAGUAUAAACCAUGCAGUCACUGGUGGAACUAUGCAGUCACUGGGGUAACCAUACCGUCACUGGUGUAAAUCUAGGAUCACUGCUCUUAGUCUUUUGUAUGGUUGGCUAAGAGUGUGAGUAAUGUUGGGAGAAAAGUAUGGAAUCCUGGAGCGGGUUGGUUGGUUCAUUCUACACCAGCAUGUUGAAAGGUUUAUUUUAGCCCAAAUAUAGGUGCUCUGUCAUUGGUCUCAACAUCUUGUGA